AUAAUCGGAAUUCCAAGAUAGUAAAAGAUUAUUGUCCUUCUGUGGCCACCGUAGCCAAACAGGAAAUGUAGUUCGUCUCGCUUUUUGCCGCGUUGGACAGACUCGCUGAACUUGGGGAUGGCUGACACUGCGAGCCUGCGGGCGCCGCUGUGUACCGAGCAGUUCGGCUCCGGAGCCCCGCGCGGCUGCAGCGCUGCCGCCGAUGGGAGCCUGCAGUGGGACGGGACUCGGCGCGGGGGCUGGCUCUCCCGGGCCCGGAUAGCAAAACCUGGGCAGCACGCGGGUGGAGGCGGGGGGCCCUGGACAGCACUGACCGUUCUUUCGGGCCUCAGAUCCGUGCUGCUGCCUCAGGGCUUCCCAGAUAGCGUUAGCCCGGAUUACCUACCAUACCAGCUGUGGGAUUCCGUGCAGGCCUUUGCUUCCAGCCUCUCCGGCUCCCUAGCCACCCAGGCAGUAUUGCAGGGCUUAGGGGUAGGCAACUCAAAAGCCUCGGUUUCAGCUGCCACGUCCACCUGGCUCAUGAAAGAUUCAACUGGCAUGUUGGGCCGCAUCAUCUUUGCCUGGUGGAAGGGGAGCAAACUGGACUGUAAUGCAAAACAGUGGAGGCUCUUUGCUGAUAUCCUCAAUGAUAUAGCCAUGUUCCUAGAGAUUAUGGCACCCAUGUACCCAGUCUUUUUCACCAUGACUGUCAGUACCAGCAACCUAGCCAAGGUAGGAAACCCCAGAGAGAAAACACUGCUGGAGCUGUGGACCAGGGACUGUGAUGUCUGGCAUAUCUUCCAAAUUCUGAGACCCGUGUCUGUCAAAUACUGUUCUAGAACAAGGCACAGUCUUUCCCCUGAAGAUGUGUCUUGGCAGAGUUUCAGUCUGACCAGCACUCCAUCCACAGCUACAGCAGCCGGAAGCUGGCUGCCAUCCUCACCUCAGCUGUCCCCUUCCACUCAGAUCUUCUGGUUUUCCUCCUGCUUUCCACCGUUCAUUCUCGGCAGCCCCUCUGCUGGACAAGUUGUUUCCCAGUGCAUUGUUGGUGUGGCUGGCGGGGCCACUCGAGCUGCACUGACCAUGCACCAGGCCCGAAGAAACAACAUGGCAGAUGUGUCAGCCAAGGACAGCAGCCAGGAGACAGUGGUGAACCUAGCAGGGCUUCUGGUCAGCCUGUUGAUGCUUCCUCUGGUAUCAGAUUGCCCAAGCCUCAGCCUUGGCUGCUUCAUCUUGCUCACUGCUCUCCACAUCUAUGCCAACUACCGGGCAGUCCGAGCCCUCGUCCUGGAGACCUUGAACGAGAGUCGCCUCCAGCUGGUCCUAAAGCACUUCCUUCAUAGGGGAGAGGUACUUGAGCCUGCGUCAGCCAAUCAGAUGGAGCCACUGUGGACAGGUUUCUGGCCAUCCCUGUCUCUGUCCCUGGGUGUUCCCUUACACCACUUGGUCUCCAGUGUCUCUGAGCUGAAGCAGCUGGUUGAGGGCCAUCACGAACCAUACCUCCUUUGCUGGAACCAGUCACGAAACCAGGUACAGGUCGCCCUGAGCCAAGAGGCAGGCCCUGAGACUGUCUUAAGGGCUGCCACCCAUGGGCUGAUUCUCGGAGCCCUGCAGGAAAAUGAGCCACUUCCAGGAGAGCUGGCAGAGCUGAGGGACCAGGUGCAGGCUGGUCCUAAGAAAGAAAGCUGGAUUCUUGUCAGGGAGACCCAUCAAGUGUUGGACACACUGUUCCCAAAGUUCUUGAAAGGACUGCAGGCUGCUGGCUGGAAGACAGAGAAACACCAUCUAGAGGUGGAUGAGUGGAGGGCCACGUGGCCCCUGUCUCUGGAAAAGAAGGUCUUAUGAGCAGCCGGGCUCCAAGCCCAGAACCAGGACAGGAGCCCAGAGACCCUGUAUGGAGCCGAGAGCAACAGCGUUUCAGCCACAAGGGUAGCUUUAUUUUUGCAUAGGCAAACUUCUAUGUCCAAUUGGCCACCAUCUUGUGGGAAGUGACAACCAAUCAAAUGGACUGGACCCCAGGUAAAGAGGAAGGGAACCAGUUCCUUCCUGCUGUACUCUUGCCCUUUUCCUUUCCCGGGAUCCACUGCAAGCUCCUCGUCCUCCCUUUUUAUGAGGCUCGGACAUGCCCUGGUUGCAGCUCAUGGUAUCCAGCAUACUUGACUUUAUGCAUAAAAGCCCCAGAGGAACACAGCCACAGUCAUCAUGAGCAGGGCAUUGAGGUUGACUACUAGGGCCCAGCUGGGGUCCUCACUGAUGUCCUCUAGCCGCCUGGUGGUUGCAGCCACCUCCUCGGUAGUGGGUGGAGGACUCCCUGACCCACUCCUGCUCAUCCCACAGAACCAGAGCAGGCACUGGUGGAGCAGGCCUGGAGCUGGGGACUGGACCUCUGGAAGAAAUGGGGAACACACUAUUAGUCUGAAAGGAGUUAGCUCUCCGAGCUCCCCAGGAUACUCUCCCAGGGUCCGCCUUACCUUCAAUCCCCAUUGCACAUUCCUGGCACCCAUUCUGCACAGGAGGAGGGGCUGGACCUUCUAACUCAUCAGCAUCCAGGUCCUCCCGCUCCUCCUUGCUGUGCCGGAGACUGAAAACCAGGCGGUGGAGCUGGGAAGUUAGGGAGAAGGGACAAAGUGGGAGUUGUGCCCCCCACCCCAGGUCCCUUUGUCCCACAGCUUUGUCACUGCCCUCCCCAGCCUCCCUUCUGGCCUGCACACCUGCCUAGGCUCAGCUCACUCAGACUCCUCUUUCCAGGAUAGUCUUUGCUUUCACACUGAACCCCAAGCUCUUCAUCUAGUAUUAAAGUCUUCGGGCCUGCCCAGUCCCCUGUUUCACCCCAAGUUUUAGGUCUACACCCAGAAUCGUAGUCAGACUGGUCUUAAAGUUCUGAUACUUCAUAUUCCUAUUGUCAUUUGCUCUGCUUCCCAAAAAUGUCAAGUAAAUGUGCUUGCCCUGGAAACAGCGUCAUACUGAACUCCGGGCCUCUGACCUCUGUGGGCAUUUCUUGAAGCAGACUGGCUAAGAGGGUGAAAAGAGCUCAUCUAUCCCAUACAGUUCUUGUACUCUCCAGGCUCCCUUGGAGGCCAGCACUUACAUGCUUCUGAGGGAUGGGUGCGGUGCACAGGGAGAUUCCGAGUGUGAGGAGGCCAGAGCAGAUGAAGAGAAUGAUGGCGAAGUAGAGGUAGUGUACCCGGCAGAUGAGCGCCGGGCACGCUGAAGGUCGCACACAGCUGCCCGAGCCAAAGAAGAACUCGGGUAUGAGACGUGCUAGGCCCAUCAGCAGGCCCCCAACUAGUCCCCAGAAGGCUCCCUACAGGGGAAACAGCAUUAGCCAAGACUCAGGCUGCCCGAGCCUCCCCCGGAGCUCACCUGGACAUGCCCUACGCACCUUCUCGUUAACACGGGGUACAAAGAGUGCAAGCACAAAGACUGCAGACACUGGAGGCGCCAGGUAGCUGGAGACAGACUGAAUGUAAUCGAAGAGCUGCCCACCUUGUGCUGCCUGUACCACUGGCAGCCAAGCCACGGACACUGCCACAAUGAACACUACCCAGAGCCUGCAGUUAAGACAAUCAGAUUUUACUGAGGACCCACCCACCUUCCCCAUUACCCUCCUGGUGUUCCACGCACACAUCCCAGGUUCAUUUAUGGAGCAGGAGUUGGGACCCAGGCCACACCUUCCAACUAGCAGCAGCUCCUUAUCACCUGCCCGAGGCCGCAGGCGUGUGUAGAUAUCCAUGGUGAAGAGCGUGCUACUGCUGUUAAAGAUGGACGCCAGAGAAGACAUGAGGGCAGCCAGCAUGACUGCCAGCAUGAGUCCACGCAGACCUGUGGCCAACAGGAGCGGUCAGGCUGCAGCCUUCAGUGCAUUCAAGGUAGUGAAGUGUUGGCAAGGUUGACCCUCCCAUAGGCAGUCCCUGCAGGCUUGGCCAAGGGCAAUCCAUUUCCAGCCCUCACCGUUGGGCAUGAGCUUCACAACGAGCCGUGGGUAGGCAAUGUUAGAGCAGCCCACCUCAGUGCCACACACCCGCUUACACACCUCAGGUACCACACACGCCACUUCAUCUGCAAGAGAGAAGCUGUAAGGUGGCUAGGAAAGACCACCCUGAAGCCUAAUGUGAAUGGGGACUCCUAGAGAUGGUACUUCCAGUGGGAAGCAAGACUGAGAUACCAGGUCCCCAGCUCUUAGGAUAGUAGCAGGUAUAACUGGCAGGCACUUGAAUCCUUGAACAAAAAAAAGGGGGGGGCAGGAUCUAGAUGUGGCAUAGUCCUGUUGAGGUUGGUGUGAUGCAGACAUUACCUGGGUAAAGAAUGCGGCUGAUCAUGCCUGGCAUGACCAUGAGGAACAUGGGCAUCAGCUUCAGGUAGCCACACAAGAUGCACCCAGCUUUGAUGUGAGUCAGAUUCUUUCCAGCCAGGCAGCGCUGCACUAUUACCUGUGAUAAGGGGUAUCCAAAUGUACGGGGCAUCCCUGUAACUCACAUCCCACAGGCCCUGCCUCUAUUCUCCAUGGCCCCUUAGCAUUAACCUGCAACCCUACUCUGAUUCAUAGCCAACCUCUAGCUCUGCGGAGUUCCUGCUACAUCUUCAUCCUCCAAUCCUACACUGGAUUCUGACUUUUAGGUCCACCUGGCAUGAUCCAUCAGCUCAGGCCCUGCCUUCAACCUAACUCCAAAGGGUGGUGUCACCAUCAACUAGCACAGGGCAUUUAGAGUUCUGUCCGGGGCGUGCAUACACACACCACCCCACGCCUUGACCUACCUGAUCACUGCACCAAUACCAGCCUGAGACAAUGGUAAGUCCCAGGAGCAGCGCAGGCCAUGGCAGGUCUCCUGUCACAGGGUCACGCAGCAGGUGAUAGGAGUCAGGCCUCGGCUGAUAGCAGGUGCUAGAGAUGUUGCCAAUAGCUGGAUCCUUGGACACCGUCAGUGAAGUCACUGCUCCCAGGUAUUUGUUGAAGAGACCCGAGUACCCGCCCACUUCAUGGAAAGCUGUGCAGGCAAGGUUGUCAGGGGAUCUGGCCCAAGUGCGAAGGCCCUCCUUAGGACCCACAUGGCAGAGACAAGCAAGGUUCUAGCCCUUACAUUAAAAGCUCUGCGACAGCCAAGAGCCAUGCCCUGCCCACUGUGGGUAAACCCCGUACCAUAACCAGUGAGGAUGAAGGCCCCGGCAAGGAUGACAAAGGUCUGCACGGUGUCUGUGUACAUCAGUGCCGCCAGCCCUCCUGCAACAAGCCCGAGUCAACAGAGGACAGCACAGCUGCUGGUCCCUGGCACCCAGGAUUUUUGAGACUAAGGAAAGUACCCAUUCUAGAGAACAAAUUUUAUAAAAAUGAGGUUGGGCUUGUGGACUGGGGCAUCUGGAGGCAGAGUUGAGUUUGAGAGUCCACUGACUUUCUUUGCCAGGAAUGCAUGUGGUGCGAGACUUCCACAAUCCACUGUUUGGCCUGAUUUCUCAACUGGGUAAUGGGGUGGGGUGAUAAGGCCCAGCCCUUGCUGGCAUCCCAUCCUGCAGCAGGUCCCAAGCCCACUUUGGCACCGCUCUACCCAUUCUAUAUGAUCUGGGAUCCUGGGAACUGCACAGAAUUUAGCCAAAGAUAUUGGAGACGCACCAAGUCAAUUCUUGAGACAUCCAAGAAGGCCAGGAGAUCCUAACUCAUUUCCCUCCUCACUACUGGGACUUUACAGCCCAAAUCCAAGGGGCAUUGAAAGAAAGUGGAUUUAUUUUCCUCAGAUUUAAUUCUACUUGUACUAUAUUACAUUUCUAUAGCUCUGCCCCACAUUCCUGUUUCCCAGUGAAGCCAACAGCUCCCUGCUUAUGUUGCAGGCCAGCUCUCUGUCACCACCCUCAAGCUCCUUGCCCCCCACCCCACCACUCUCGUGCAGCCACCUGUCACAGUAUAAAUCAUGGUGAUGCCCAAGAGUGCGAUGACAGAAGCAUAAAUGUUCCAGCCCAAGGCCUGUUGAAUGAAUACUGCCCCGGAGAACAUAUCCACCUUUUAGGAGAGAGCAAAUACAUAGAUCUGAGGUUCAGGCCCAACGCCUGCCCUGAGACCAUCCAUCCUAUGUGGCCACACCUCAAAAGUCAGUCAUUUUUCAACAACCUAGUCUUCCCAGGUCCUUAGCACUGUGCCCACAGUUUAAAAGCUCUUUCCAGGCCCCAUCCCUCAUGCUGAUUCUUGCUUUUCUCCUUGUUCCUGCCCCUUCCAGGGGUCUCUGAAGACUUCAUUGGGUGGUUCUACCUUUCUAAGCUUCUGUACUGCCCACCGCACGUGCUCACCGAGAUCUUGGUGAAAAUAUACAAAAAAAGUGAGAGCACCGACAGGUAGAGGCGAAUACGGUGCCCACCAAAGCGCUUGCGGAGGUACUGAGGCAUUGUAAUCACACCAGCGGUCAGAUACACUGGCACGAAGAGCCAUCCGAGGAGCAGCACCACAAAGAGCGCCUGUGGAAACAAAUGACAGCCCGGGAUACCAUCCUGAGCAGGCCUGUUCUAGUCCUCACACCCAGGACCCAGAAGAUGACAGCGGAAGUGCCUGGACCCUGGACAGGAAGGGAAAGAAUCUUGACACCUUACUGGCACCUUAGCUAUUUAGAGCCCUUUUUGCGCUUACAAACCAUCACCUCUAACUAGUCUCUCCCACGGUCGUUAUGGCUCCACCCUACCUCUCUAGCAAAUGAACCUGUGUGCAUAGACUCUUCAGACUGACCUCAGCAUCUGCCAGGCAGGGCUGCCUCCUCUCCUCCACUCACCUAAGAAUUUUACCCUCAUAGGCUCAGUUCAGAGGCCUCUUACAGAACGGCUCAAACCCUCAUCUCUCCAACCGUGCAAGUGAGCCCAGUCCCUGUACUUGGUUUCUUUGUUUUUGCAAAGAACUCCAGUUCAGCCUAGAGAUGCUCACAGACUACAGCAUCAACGAACAUCAAGACAGGUACUUCAUCAGUGAGGUGCUGGCCCUAUUUCAGAGUGGUCAAGGCCCACCGAGAACUGAUGUUGGCAUAACAGAAAGUCAGGACCUGCCUGUACCCUACUGCCUGUAAGCUAGCAUGUGAUCCUUGCUCCCAGCCCAACCUCACCCCCCAACUGCACUGUUCCAACUUGUUCAUAUCCCCAUGCCAGGAGCUUCCCCAAGAUGUGAUCUUUCCAGAAGUUUCCACUGGGGUGGAUUAUUAUAGUAAAGAAGACCUCACAUUCCACUCAAAUCCAGCCACUGCCAAGCCACUUGCUGCACCAGUCCCUGCCAGGCCCACAAAAUGACCGCUGCCGAUGUUGCUGGCGAACAGAGAGGCUCCAACCUGGGUGGCCAGAAAUGGGGGUGAGCUAGGCUGUUUCCCCAGGGUCCCUCCCAUUUCAUCCCCCAACCUUUCUCACCGGCCACCACACCAUGCUCCGUCCUGCCAGGAAGUAGCCGCCAACUGUGCCUCUAUUGGUUCUGAACAUAGACUGGGAAACAGAAGUGGGGGGAAACUGGGAUUGGGGCACAUCUUUGGACUUCAUUAGCUUCCUCGACACAUUCCUCAGCCUUGUUUCAGGCUGAAGAUUAACCAGCCCUGGACUCCCCAGACUGUGUAUCUCCUCACCCCCAACCCUCUCCCACACUCAGAACAACCCAGGCCCUAACCCUAGUACAACAACUGGAACCUAGAUAUGUCUAGAUUCAGCCUAACUUACACAGUGGCUUUAAAUAUGGGUUGUUGCUCAGCCAUAGUACAGACAGGGAAACAGAUACAUCUCUUUGAACACUUGACUUAAUAAAAAAACCUA